AUGUUAUUACUUGUCCUGUACAAUUCAGUAUUUUACAGUGAAUUAAUAUCAGAUAAAACGUUACAAAAUUCAACUAGUAAAUUGUGCGGCGACGAUCAACGUCGAUUAUUGAAGUAUUUAUUCGAGGACAAUCAUUAUGACCCAUUGGAACGUCCAGUGCUAAAUGACAGCGAUACAUUAGAUGUCGUUGUGAACCUUGCACUUCAGCAAAUUAUAGAUCUGGACGAAAAGAAUGAAAUAAUCUUACUUAGUGGUUGGAUGGUUUUGAGUUGGAACGAUUACGCGUUGAGAUGGAAACCUGAGAAAUUUGGAAACAUAAGCACUAUUCGUUUACCUAGUUUAAGAGUAUGGACACCUGAUAUUCUACUCUACAACAGCGCCGAUGAAAAAUUUGAUGCGACGAUGAAAACAAAUUUAGUCGUUCAAUCUAAUGGUUCAAUUCUCUUUGCUCCUCCAGGAAUAUUUAAAUCAAUUUGUCCAGUCGAUAUUUCAGAUUUUCCAUUUGCAUUAAAUUUGACGUCAGAAGAUAAUGAAGGACAGUUAGAUGCUUAUGUGAAAAGUGCUGAAUGGGAUUUACAGGGAUUUUAUGCCAAAAGAUCAGCUGUCAAAUACGAUUGUUGUCCAACAAUAUAUCCAUAUGUAUUAUUUACACUUCAAAUUCGACGAAGAACAUUAUACUAUAUGAUCAACAUAAUUAUUCCAUGUAUUAUGUUAUCAUUUAUGACCACUUUUGGAUAUCUUUUACCACCUGAUUCUGGCGAAAAAUUAACUUUACAAAUUACAAUUAUGCUUUCAAUUGUUAUGUUUUCAUUAUUAAUUUCUGGUAUUAUACCAGCCAGUUCAUUUGCCGUACCCACUAUUGUUACUUAUUUUAUCUGUGUUAUGAUUAUUUCAUCGUUAUCUAUCGUAGCCACUGUCAUUGUACUAUUACUUCAUCAUCGAAAUGCAAAAAAUCAUAUUAUGCCUCAUUGGAUUCGACUUUAUAUCUGUCAUUAUCUGGCAUGGAUGCUUCGAAUGGAACGUCCUGGACAUGAUUUAUCAUUGAGAACAAUUCGCCGUUUUCAUAGAUCUGCAUCAAAUAAUAGUGAAGGUUUAUUAGCAAAUUCAUCUAAAAGUUUAUUAGCUAAUGUAACAGAAACAGAUGAACCAUUAAUAUUAUUUGGUUUACAAUAUCCAAAAUAUAAAAAAUUUCCAACAACUACGUCAAAUAAUAUAAAAGUAGAUAAUACUCAUUGGAUAUCACAAGAAAUAAAUUUACUCAAAAAUGAAUUAAAAACAAUUUCACAUGAACUUUAUUAUGUAUCAAAUAAUAUUCGAGAGGAAAAAGAUGAAGAAGAAGUUUCUCUAGAUUGGAAAUUUUCGGCUAUGGUUAUUGAUCGAUUAUGUUUAAUCCUAUUCACAGCAUUAACAGUUAUAUUUAGUUCAUUAAUACUUCUUACAGCACCAAAUUUUUUCAAAGUACGUUAA